AUGAUUAUUAACCACGAUGACUAUGACGUCAUUAAGGCUAAGGAGACGCGCAAGGAGCGAGUGGCGGCGCUGCUGACGCUGCUGCCGCAGCGCGGACCGCAGGCAUUCGAGGAGGUGGUGGAGGCGCUGCGGCCCAACAACUCCUGGCUGGCCGACGAGCUCGAGUCGCAGCUGAACGAGCUCAACGACUCGUCGUCGACGUCGGCGGCCGACGAGCUGAAUAACGUGAUGCGCGCCGGUGCCGUGCCCACCCUGCCGGCCGUCCAUGUCCCGCGGCAAGUCUACACGGAGGCGGUGCGCGCCGGGCUGCGCGAGCUCAAGGAGGGCCGCUUCCUGGCCGUGCACGGCAUGGCCGGCAUCGGCAAGUCGGUGUGCGUCAAUCACGCGCUGCGAGACGCCGAGUUGGUGUUCAGCCAUUUCCCGGGCGGCGUGUUCUGGGUGAGCGUCGGUCAGGCCGACACGGACGUGCUCAUCAACAAGGUGCAGGCGCUGUGCGAGCGGGUUGUCGGAUGA